AUGGCCACGCUCGGCAUCACUUUGCAUCAGAUUAUCUCGUCGCGCACUGCGGCCCGUGCUGCGGUACAGGCACUGAUUACCCCUGCACAGUUUGCGACCGUGCUGAAGAUAGUGCCGGUAUCCGGAGGCAGCCGCUUGCAUGUGACUUGGUCGAAGGUUGUGCUUCGGGACGUACAUCAUUUGGACGGCAUAGUCAUGGCUCUGGGCGCAUUGGGUACUGUGUCUCAGUUUGACAAUGUCGAGCAUCUGAAUCGCGAGGUGGCCGAUACGGCUUUGCGCACCGCGAAGGAGCGGCAGCGCGCUGGUUUGGUCACAGCUUCAGCAGCCGUCGACGUCACGCAACAGCUUCUUCUUCUGCGUGGAGGGCGCAAAUUCGCCGAUGACAGCUUGGCUUUCAUCAAUUGUGCUCAGACGUGGCAAGCGGAUGGGUUGCGACGUCAGGCGCCCCUAUGCUUGUGCUUAGGAUGGCCAGCGCACACCACCUUGAAUCUUACGCCCCGGAGCCUAACGUAG